UGAUGACAUAUCAUGAUUAUUUUGUUGCAUAUAAACGAGCUGGUUUAUUUUCAUUUAAAUCAUGAAAUACUUUAUACACAAUGUGAUUAUUAAAUAAGUAAAAUUUUUAAAUUAAUAUUUACUCGAUAUUUCGAGUUAUUUGUAAAUAUUAUUAAAAUUGUACAUUUUAUUUGUUAAAAAAAAAAAUAUGUUUAAUUGAUUUUUUAGAAAAAAAAAUAUACGCACAUAUUAUAGUUAAGUUAAAUUAUUAGCUCGUUGAUUUAUAUAUUGAUAAAUUAAUCAUUUAUCUACAAUUUAUUUACAAAAAAACAAAUAUAUUUUACAAAAGCUCAAUUUUUAAAAUGUUAAUUUUAAUUCAGGCCAAUUUGUUUUUUAUCUUGAAACUAAAUGAAACUAAUUUUAUCAAUUUGUAGUUGAAAUAUUACUGAUUAAUUUUAAUCUUUCAUAAUUUUUCUAAAAAUCAUUAAUUGUUUUAUUACGUUAACAAAUUAUUAUUAUUAUUUUUAAAAAGUAUACAUGAAUAAAUUGUCAAUGAGAUACUAAUAUUUAUAAAUAAAAAUAUGAAGCUAAAGAAAAGAGAACAGCCAUAAUUUAUUCAAUCGAAAUUUUCAUUGAUUUCUAUAUUUUUGACUUGUUUUACACUUUGUGUGUUAAUGCAUGGUAAUUAAUAUUGAUUGUACCCGUUUAUUUUGUUGAAAUUAUAAAAAUAUAUAUCUAGAGUAUAUUUAUAAAACAGUUGUCAUGGAUACGUGAUUUUGUGUUAACCAACAGUUCAACAGUUCGCCACUGACUAUGGUGAAGAAAGGUUCUUAUAAUUAAAUAAACAUUAAAAAUUUAAAUUACAAUAUUACUUAUAUUAUAUCAAAAAAAAAAAAAAAAUAUUUAUAUACAUUUGUUAUCAAUUAAUUCAGUAACAUGAAAAAAAAUUGUUUACUGUCAUUAACUUUCAAAAGAAAAACUCGACGAAGAAAUAAUCAUUGACCUCGAGCAAAAGAAUUGAAUUUUUUUUUUUUUCAAAAUUUGGAUUGAAAAAUUAAAAAGUAAAUGAAAAUGAAUAGAUACAUAACACUUAAUCAAUUGGGUGAUGGAACAUUUGGAUCAGUUGUACUUGGUCAACGUGUUGACACUGGUGAAAAAGUUGCCAUCAAAAGAAUGAAAAGAAAAUAUUAUUCCUGGGAAGAAGCCAUGAAUCUUCGUGAAGUUAAAUCAUUAAAAAAAUUGAGCCAUGCAAAUGUCGUUAAACUAAAAGAGGUCAUUAGAGAAAAUGAUGUACUUUAUUUUGUCUUUGAAUAUAUGAAAGAAAAUUUAUAUCAACUUAUGAAAGACAGAGAUAAAUUAUUUCCUGAGCCAGUUGUAAGAAAUAUGAUAUUUCAAGUACUUCAAGGUUUAUCAUUUAUGCACAAACAUGGCUUUUUUCAUCGUGAUAUGAAACCAGAAAAUUUACUAUGCAUGGGACCAGAAUUAGUUAAAAUUGCUGAUUUUGGAUUAGCACGUGAAAUAAGAUCAAGACCACCAUACACUGAUUAUGUAUCAACAAGAUGGUACAGAGCACCAGAAGUGUUGCUUCAUUCAACAACAUACAAUAGUCCAAUAGACAUAUGGGCUGUUGGUUGUAUUAUGGCUGAGCUAUAUACAUUUAGACCAUUAUUUCCUGGUAAAUCAGAAAUUGAUGAAAUAUUUAAAAUAUGUGCUAUCAUUGGAACACCAGAUAAAGAUGAUUGGCCAGAUGGUUAUCAACUUGCUGCUGCAAUGAAUUUUAAAUUUCCAGUAUUACCAAAAACUCCAUUAAAAAAUAUCAUACCAAAUGCUAGUCAAGAAGCCAUUGUAUUUAUGGAAGACAUGUUGGAAUGGAAUCCAUUAAAAAGACCAACUGCACAACAAUCAUUAAGGUAUCCAUAUUUUCAAGUAAACAAUGCAAAUCGUGUUAUGAGUAGUAGUAGAAAAAUUGGUAAUUCUCAACGUGAAUUAUUGAUGAACAAAGUUAAUUUUCCAACUACAAAUGUAAAUUUUAAUCAAGACACCUUUAAUAGAACAAUUGUUGUAUCAAGAUCAACUGAUAAAAUAGCACCAGUUCAAAUUCAAGUACAACCAGUAUUACCAUUAUUAAAUAAUAAUAAAAAACAAAGCUGGGAUCAAGAUGUUGGUAAUGAUGAUAAUGAUUAUGAUGAUGAAUUAAAUUCUUCUGGAAAUAAAACACUGACAAAAACUGGACAAGAUAAUAUUUGUAAAGAAAAUCGUGUCAGUUGGAAUGAAAUAUUUGGAUUAGAUCAAAAUAAAAAUAAAAAUCAAACAACAAAAAAUUUAAAUGGUAAUUGGAUAACACCAGGAUGGAAUGAAACACCACCAACUCGUAAUUUGAGUCAAUCAAGUAAUCAUAAUAAAAACAAUAACAAUAAUCAUAGAAAAUUAUCAGCAAAACAACAUUAUUUAAAUGUUGCACGUUAUGUUGCUGGACAAAAUACAAAUUUAUCAUCAAGGUACCGAAAAUUAAGACGUCAAAUUGUGUUUAUAAUAUGUGUUUAUAUAUUUAUUUUUACAACAUAUAUUAUUGGUUGUUUGACAAUGGGACAAUAUGAAUUUAUUCAAUAUCUCAUUUGUUAUUUUAAAUGCACUUGUGGUGAUGAUCACUAUUAUUAUUCCUUAAAUAACGAUGACGAUGACGAUGACAUGACUUUAUCAUUUACCAUUGAAACAUUUAAUUUUUUAAAUAUUAUUAUUGAUAAAAUUGAUAAUAUCAAUAAUACCAUUCAAAGUAUUUAUGAUCAUUAUAAUAUUUAUGUCUUCCUUGAUAGUAUUUAUAGUAUUAUUAUUGAUUCAUCAAAAAAAUUUAAAAUUAUGCUUGUUCAACAUCUGUAUGAUAAUUUAUUAUCUGAUGUUUAAUAUUGUAUUUAUUAAAUAAUAUCAUCAUUAUAGACUAUUAACACUAUUUAUUGUUGUCAUUGUUGUUGUUUUUUUGUUGUUUUUUUUUCGUUUGGUUUCUUGAUUUUUUCCUUUGUUUUUUUGUCAUUUGUUUAUUUAGAAAUGGUGAUGUUGAAGUUGGAAGAACAAGAUUAUUGCUAAAUGGUAUUGUUGCACCACCAUCAUUGGAAAAAAAUGAUAAUUUAAAUGAACAAUUUUGGAAUAAUCGUGAUGGUA